AUGUCCAAUCCAGGUGAGGUGGAGAAGCAGUACUGCACGCGAGUGACGCACGUCCUCUGCGAAACCCAACGUCACGGCGUGGUGAUGCAAGCGUUGCGCGACUGCAAGCGUUGCGUCACCAUCCUGUGGCUGAACGACGUCAUCACCAGGCGGCAGGUGUUGCCGCCGUGGAUGGCGCUGCAUCUGCCCGGCAUCUAUUUGGACACGGCGCCGGCCGGCAAACAUCUGAUCUCUGUUAGCGGAUUCGAGGGGAACGACCGGUGGCGGGUGAAGGAGAUGUGCACAUCAUAUUUCUCGAAGCACAACACCCUGCUCAUCUCGGCGAAAGGUGACGGUAAAAAGGUCUCUUAUGCGAAAAAAUGGCAGAUACCCGUUGUGAAUGUGCAAUGGUUGACUGACGUGAUGCUGGGCCAUUUCGCUGCCAUGAAUCAAAUGGACCAUCAGAUGUACCAGCAGUUCCAGAAUCCACCGAACUUCAGUUUCGAUCCCAAAUUAGUUCCUAAUUUAAUGGUCGCUUGGAAAGCCCCUAUAAAUAUAUCCCAAGAGUCUUAUGAACGAGUGAAAAGAUGUGCCUCACCUGUGGUAAUACCAAAAAAACCGAAGAAGCAGAAAAUGGAAACUGAUGAGAACGAUAAUAUCAGUGAUGAGCAAGUCACGAACCCUUCAUACAGAAUUAUGUUCUCCAUGUACAGUGAUACUAAAGAUUUGCAGGGGAUAGUCAGGACCAACAAACUCUUCUUCGCCAUCGCGAAGCACGCCACUGUCGUGUCGGAGCGGUGGCUCACGGCCUCCCGGGAUGCCAACCGGUUUUUACCCGAGGGGGAUUACCCGCUGGAGCUGGAGGAUUUCGACCGGCAGUACGGGUGCGAUUUGGACAGGACGUUCGCGACGAGAAACCGGAAUAGGCUGUUCGAGGGCAAGUUCUUCUUCGUCACUCCGAGCGUCUGCCCCAGCAAGAGAAUCGUCGCCGACUUGAUUCGAUGCUCGGGCGGCAUAGUCGAGAAGCACCGAAGGAGCUCGACGCAAAUCGAGGCCACCGCGAUCAACUCGCCCUUCAGCUACUUCAUCGUCACUCACGAGGACGAUUUGCAUCUGGUCGCCGAUUUGUUGAGGAACAAGAAGGACAAGAUGCGGAUAGUGUGCAAUGCGGAGCUGAUUUUCAGCUCCAUCUUGAGGCAAACGUUCGAAACGGAGCCGUAUGCCGUGUGCGUUUUAUGA